UUCAUAAUGUAUUUUUCUGGUCUUUUUCAUCUCGCGUUCUUCAUACCACUCUUUUGCACUCGAGUGAUUGCCGAUAACGCGCUGGCACGAGCUAGGACAGCUCUCGACACUCUUCAGACAUGGUAUGAUCCUACGACUGGACUUUGGACUACGCGACAAUGGUGGAAUUCAGCCAGCGCGAUGACAACAGUUGCAAACCUGGCGAAAGUUGACCCCUCAGUCAUGGAGGCCGCCCUAUAUGUAUUCAACAAUACCUACAAUCUCGCGCCAGCCUCCAAUCCACAUCCAGGUCCGGAAGUGAAGACCGUCUUCCAACGAAGAGAUCUCCUAUCAAGAGCGGGUGGUUCGGGAAAUGCUUCGAAGUGGUUGGAUUCGGCAUACGACGAUGAUGGAUGGUGGGCCCUUGCGUGGAUCGCUGCAUACGAUGUCACUGGGAGUGACGACUAUCUAGAGUUGGCAGAGGGGAUUUUCGCAGCUUUGACUGCUGCAUGGGGUACAAACUGUGGAGGUGGUGGUCUACCAUGGAACCCCACGAGUACUUAUGUGAAUGCUAUCACGAACGAGCUAUUUCUCUCGGUUGCAGCUCAUUUGGCCAAUCGUUCGCUAUCUAAGCGCGAUGAAUAUAUCAGCUGGGCGCAGAGGCAAUGGGACUGGUUUUCUGCCCAGGGAUUCAUGGGCGAGAACGACACUAUUAACGACGGACUCCUGGAUAACUGUCAAAACAAUGGCCAAAAUGUAUGGUCCUAUAACCAAGGCGUGGUACUUGGAGGUCUCGUGGAACUCAACAAGGCAGCACCCGACGCUACAUUGCUUGAAUCGGCCAAUGCAAUCGCUCAAGCCGCCAUUGAAACCCUUGCCAAUGCAAACAUGAUUAUCCAUGAUUCAUGCGAGCCGAAUAAUUGUGCUCCAGACGCAACUCAGUUCAAGGGCAUCUUUAUUCGCAAUCUAAGUAUGCUCCAGAAAGUGUCACCCAACCACAUUUACAAGCAAGUUAUCGACAGCUGUGCAAGGAGUAUUUGGGCGAAUGAUCGGAACUCGCAGAACCAAAUGGGCGUUGAUUGGGCGGGUCCCUUCCAGGGCCCGGCGGAUAUGUCAACUCAUAGCUCCGCGAUGGAUGCACUCGUUGCUGCUAUCUACGGGUAA